AUGCGGCGCAUCCCCUCGGGACUGCUCCUGCUGCUGCCGCUGCUGCUGCUGCUGCCGAGCCCCGCAGCCCCCACUGUCCCCGCUCCCCUGGCCCGCCCGGGCUUCCAGACGCGGGGGACCCAUGGCCCGGGGGGCAGCCCCGGGCGCCGCCUCGCUCCGGGCGUCCCCCCACGCGCGCCCUCGUCGGGGGCCGGCCAGCCCGGAGGGGCCGGUGCUGCAGGCUUUUGCAAGAGCAGGCCACUGGACUUGGUGUUUAUCAUCGACAGUUCUCGUAGCGUGCGGCCCUUGGAGUUCACCAAAGUGAAAACCUUUGUGUCCCGGAUCAUCGACACCCUGGACAUCGGGCCGGCGGACACGCGGGUGGCAGUGGUGAACUAUGCGAGCACCGUGAACAUCGAGUUCCACCUCCAGACCCACUCGGAUAAGAAAUCCCUGAAGCAGGCCGUGGGGCGGAUCGCACCCUUGUCCACGGGCACCAUGUCGGGCCUGGCCAUCCAGACGGCCAUGGAGAAAGCCUUCACGGUGGAGGCAGGAGCCCGGGGGCCCGGCUCCCACAUCCCCAAGGUAGCCAUCAUCGUGACGGACGGGCGGCCCCAGGACCAGGUGAACGAGGUGGCGGCCCGGGCGCGGGCGGCGGGCAUUGAGCUCUACGCGGUGGGUGUGGACCGGGCCGACCGGGAGUCGCUCCGGAUGAUGGCCAGCGAACCCCUGGACGAGCACGUGUUCUACGUGGAGACCUACGGGGUCAUUGAGAAACUUUCCUCUCGGUUCCAGGAAACCUUUUGCGCAGUGGACCCCUGCAUGCUCGGCACACACGGGUGCCAGCACGUGUGCGUCAGUGACGGGAACGGCAAGCACCACUGUGAGUGCAGCCAAGGGUAUUCCUUGAACGCCGAUAAGAAGACGUGCUCAGCCAUCGAUAAGUGUGCUCUGAACACUCACGGUUGUGAGCACAUCUGUGUGAACGACAGAGCUGGCUCUUACCACUGUGAGUGCCACGAAGGUUACGCUUUGAAGGAGGACAGGAAAGCGUGUGCAGCUCAAGAUCGAUGUGCUUUAGGGACACAUGGCUGUCAGCACAUUUGUGUGAACGACAGAGCUGGGUCCCAUCACUGUGAAUGCUACGAGGGCUACGCCCUGAAUCAGGAUAACAAAACCUGCUCAGUUCGUGACAAGUGUGCUCUGGGCUCUCACGGCUGCCAGCACAUUUGUGUGAGUGAUGGGGCCGCGUCCUACCACUGCGAUUGUCAUACCGGCUUCACCCUGAAUGAAGACAAGAAGACGUGUUCAGCCAUUCAGGAAGCAGCAAGACUCGUCUCCAUAAAAGAUGCCUGUGGAUGCGAAGCCACGCUGACAUUCCAGAACAAGGUCGUCUCGUAUCUGCAGAGACUGAACACCAAGAUUGAUGGCAUUUUGGAGAAGUUGCAAGCAAAUGAAUAUGGACAAAUACAUCAUUAAGCUGCUCAGAAUUUUCACCCUGGCCAGUGUGGCUCAGUUGGUUGAGCAUCAUCCAAUGCACCAAAAGAUCGCCGAUUCGAUUCCAGUCAGGGUACAUGCCCAGGUUUCGGAGUCCCCACUUGGGGGUAUAAGGCAGCCGAUCGAUGUUUCUAUAUCACAUCGAUGUUUCUCCCUCUCUCUCUAAAAUCAAUAUAAAUGAUCUUUAAAAUUGCUCAAAAAUUUCACCUGGAAAUAUGGAGAACUUGCUGUAUUUAAUACUUCUGUAUGUUCCAAUGGUGCUAAUUAUCUGCCAUUAAAAUGCUUGAAUUAGUGGGUACGUAGUUUAAGAAUCUCCUGGAGAAUCGGUAUUAUUUUUCUAAGGAAACAAAUGUUAGAUCCUUAAUUUAAUGCAAACUUUAGUGUCUUUAAGUUAUGACUAUGAAAUGGUUGGUAGGAAAUAGAUUGAAAAGUUUAAUAU